AUGGGGAAAGGAAGGCCAAGGGCCGUAGAGAAAGGGGUAUUGGGGCAAAGUGGUAGUAUAGCACAAUCUGAGUUAUUGAAAAUACCACCUGGGCCAGUGUAUUAUCCAACUGAAGAGGAAUUUAAAGACCCUUUAGAGUUUAUAUAUAAGAUCAGGCCAGAGGCUGAGCCAUAUGGGAUUUGUAAAAUUGUUCCACCCAAAAGUUGGAAACCCCCUUUUACUUUAGAUUUGAAUUCGUUCACUUUUCCCACCAAAACCCAAGCCAUUCACCAGUUACAAGCCCGGUCUGCCUCAUGCGAUUCAAAGACGUUUGAGUUAGAGUACAAUAGGUUUUUGGAGGAACAUUGUGGUAGGAAGUUUAAGAAGAAGGUGGUGUUUGAAGGGGAGGAAUUGGAUUUGUGUAAACUAUUUAAUGCGGUGAAGCGGUUUGGCGGUUAUGAUAAGGUUGUGAAUGAAAAGAAGUGGGGGGAGGUUUUUCGGUUUGUGAAGUCUGUUGGGAAGAUUACGGAGUGUGCUAAGCAUGUGUUGUGUCAGUUGUAUCGCGAGCAUCUUUAUGAUUAUGAAGGGUAUUAUAAUCAGUUGAAUCCAGAGAAAUAUAGGAGGCGUAAGAGAGGGAUGCAUUGUGGGAGGAAAAAUAAACCAGAUUUUGAGUUUUCAAAUUCUAAGAGAAGGCGGAAGAAUUAUUUGGGUCAGAGUGUUGAAGCGUGUAAGUUCGAGGAGAAAGAUCUUGAUCAGAUAUGUGAACAAUGCAGAAGUGGUUUGCAUGGAGACGUAAUGUUGUUGUGUGAUAGGUGUAACAAAGGAUGGCAUAUAUAUUGUCUGUCACCACCUGUGAAGCAGGUACCACCUGGGAAUUGGUAUUGCUUGGAGUGCUUGAAUUCAGAGAAGGAUUGCUUUGGUUUUGUACCUGGUAAGCAAUUCCCAUUGGAAGAUUUUAGGCGCAUGGCUGAUCGGGCCAAGAAGAAAUAUUUUGGGUCGGUAUCUCCCUCAAGGGUGCAAUUGGAGAAAAAGUUUUGGGAAAUUGUGGAGGGAUCAGUUGGUGAGGUUAAAGUUAUGUAUGGCAGUGACUUGGAUACUUCUGUUUAUGGCAGUGGGUUUCCACGCAUUAAUGACCAGAGACCAAUAUCAGUUGGAGUGGAGAUAUGGGAUGAGUAUUGUGCUAGCCCAUGGAAUCUCAAUAACUUGCCCAAGCUACCAGGAUCAAUGCUUCGAGCUGUUCAUAAUAGCAUUGCUGGUGUUAUGGUGCCUUGGCUUUACAUUGGGAUGUUAUUCUCGUCAUUCUGCUGGCAUUUUGAAGACCAUUGCUUUUAUUCAAUGAAUUAUCUUCACUGGGGAGAGCCAAAAUGUUGGUACAGUGUUCCUGGCAAUGAGGCCUCAGCUUUUGAGAAGGUGAUGAGGGAUAGUCUUCCUGAUCUGUUCGAUGCACAACCGGAUUUACUUUUUCAGCUUGUCACUAUGCUGAAUCCAUCCGUAUUGCAAGAAAAUAGGGUCCCAGUUUACAGUGUGCUACAGGAGCCUGGGAACUUUGUCAUCACCUUCCCCAGAUCUUACCAUGGAGGUUUCAACUUUGGCUUAAAUUGUGCUGAGGCUGUCAAUUUUGCUCCUGCUGAUUGGCUACCUCAUGGUGGUUUUGGAGCAGAGCGAUACCAACUUUAUCGCAAAGCUGCUGUUUUAUCUCACGAAGAGCUAAUUUAUGUGGUAGCCAAGAGUGAUUUUGAUAGCAAAGCAUCGCCAUAUUUGAAAAAGGAAUUGCUUAGAAUAUUUGAUAAAGAGAAAACGUGGAGAAAUCAACUUUGGAGAAAUGGCAUUGUGAAUUCCUCUCUCAUGCCACCUCGGAAGCAGCCUGAGUAUGUGGGUACUGAAGAGGAUCCUACUUGCAUUAUAUGUCAACAGUUUUUGUAUCUUUCUGCUGUGGUUUGCCGCUGUAGGCCUUCUUCUUUUGUUUGUCUGGAGCAUUGGGAACACCUUUGUGAAUGCAAACCGAAGAAACAUCGUCUCCUUUAUCGUCACACGCUAGCGGAAUUGAGUGAUUUGGUGCUUAGGGCCAAUAAACAUAAUUCUGAGACAGUUAGAGAUUCGCGAAGGCAACUUUUGUGUUCAAAUGAUUCGGCUGCCUCAUCCAAAAAGCUGAAAGGCCGCCAUGUCACUCAUACUCAACUUGCUGAAGAAUGGCUUCUGACAUGUUGUAAGAUUCUUCAGAAUCCAUACUCAAGUGAUGCUUAUACUAAUGCAUUAAAAGAAGCUGAACAGUUUCUAUGGGCUGGUUCUGAAAUGGAUCCUGUGCGAGACAUGGCAAAGAACUUGAUUGAAGCUAAGAAAUGGGCUGAAGAUAUAAGAGAUUGUCUUUCUAAAGUGGAACUGUGGAAGUGUGAUAGCAGCGAUGAUGUUGAAAAAGUGCAGAUGGAGCAUGUAAACAAUUUGCUCAGCUUUGAUCCCUUGCCUUGCAAUGAACCUGGGCAUCUUAAAUUGAAGGCUUAUGAACAAGAAGCUAGAGUUCUGAUUCAAGAAAUGAAUCCUGUGCUUUCAACAUGCUCAAAAGCUUCUAUUGCUGAUCUGGAAGUCUUGUACAGCAAAGCCUUCAGCUCACCAAUCUUUGUGCAAGAAAGUGAGAAAUUGUUACAUAAGCUGUCUUCUGCAAAGGUCUGGGUAGACACUGCAAGAAAAUGCAUAUCAGUGAAAUUCCCGGCUACAGUUGAGGCAGAUAUCCUCUACAAGCUAGAAUCUGAGAUUUUGGAGCUUCAAGUUCAAGUACCUGAGGCUGAAAUGCUUUUGGAUUUGAUAAAGCAAGCUGAAUCAUGCCGGUCUCGGUGCAAUGAGAUGUUGAAAGGUUCUAUUUGCCUAAAGAAACUUGAAUUGCUGCUUCUUGAAUUGGAUGGUUUUCCUGUUAAAAUUCCGGAACUAGAGCUUCUGAGGCAAUAUCACACAGAUGCUGAGUCUUGGGUUUCACGUGUUAAUGAUGUUCUCGUGAAUCUUCAUAACCGGGAUGAUCAAGAAAAUGUUGUUGAUGAGUUACAAUGCAUCAAAAGAGAUGGAGAGUUGUUAAAAAUUCGAGUUGAUGUGUUGCCUUUUUUUGAGGACCUUGAAGUUGACCUAAAGAAGGCCCUUUGCAGGGUAAAAGCCCGCAAGGUACUUCGUUGCAAAAUGUCGUUGGACUUCAUCCAGACACUACUGAGGGAGGCAAGCUUAUUGCAGGUUGAGAAAGAGAAAUUGUUUGCUGAAAUUUCUGGACUGCAUGCAGUUGGUAUAUGUUGGGAAGAAAAGGCAAAGCAUAUUCUUGCAAGUGAGGCUCAGAUGUCUGAUUUCGAGGAUCUUUUGAGGACUUCUAAGGACAUAUGUGCUAUUCUACCAUCCCUUGAUGAUGUCAAGGAUGCAAUAUCAAUGGCUAAGUCAUGGUUAAAUAAGUCCAAGCCAUUUUUAGUUGACGACAUACCUGUGGCGCUUUCCUCAAGUUCUUUGCUUAAAGUUGACGCACUGAAGGACUUAGUCUCACAGUCAAAGCUGCUGAAGAUAUCUUUGAGAGAAAGAUCUACGCUUCAAACAGUUUUAAAUAAUUGCUUGAAAUGGGAGCAGGAUGCGUGCUCUUUACUGCAUGAUGCAGAAAGCCUAUUGAUUAUUGAAAAUGUUGGUGAUGGAAUUUCCAGCGGUCUUCUUUCAAGAAUUGAGCAUCAAGUUGCUGCAAUGGAAUCUGCCCUAAAAGCUAUUUUAUCUCUUGGUUUUGACCUUGGUGUGAUUCCAAAACUUCAAGAUGCUUGUUCUAUGCUUCAAUGGUGCUUUAAGGCCCUUUCUUUCUGUGCCAUCGCUCCCGCACUUGAGGAAGUUGAGAUGUUAUUGGAGGUUACUGGCCCCCUCCCUGCCAUUUAUAAAUCCUGUUCGUUGUGGAGCUCAUUAGUGGAUGGAUUGAAUUGGCUUAAGAAUGCCUUAGAGAUUUCUGUGCCAUGCAAUCUUAGAAGAUUCAAGUUGAGCGAUGUUGAAGAAGUUUGCAUGCAGUCUCAGACUAUUAAUAUCUCCUUCCCGGUGAUGGUUAGUCGACUUCUGAAUGCUAUCAAGAGACAUCAUUUGUGGCUGGAGCAAGUGCAUCUUUUUUUCUGCCUCAACUCUAGAGAUCGAUCAUGGGUUUUAUUGCUAGAGCUCAAGGAACUUGGGAGCACGGAUGCCUAUAAUUGCUCAGAGCUAGACAUGGUCUCAUCUGAAGUACAAAAGGUUGAGCACUGGAAGCAACGGUUUGAGGAAAUUGCUGGACCUUCUGUUGGAGAUCAUAAUUCAAACCUCAAUGUUCUACUUGAGAUAAAAAGUACUCUUGAUAGAUCCUUGUAUAUAUAUGAUAAGUCUAAGGGCCGCGAGCCAGGAUGUAUAUGCAUUCUCUGCUGCAAUGAUAUUAAGGAUCAGGAGCUUUUGACUUGUUCCUUGUGCAUGGACUGCUUCCAUUUGGGGUGCUCUGGAUCAGCACUGGAAAAUACAAAUGAUGCAGCAAUAUUUAUUUGUCCAUUUUGCCACUGUGCUAAAAAAGGGAAAAUCUCUCGAAACGGAAGUGGUCUUUUGAGAAUAGGAGGGAAACAACCUGAAUUAAAUGACCUCAUUGAGCUUUUAUCGCUUGCAGAGGAUCUCUGCAUAUGGUAAUGAGCUGUCACCUUGUUUCAUUUUGGAGAAAAUGUAUGUUAUUGCUUUGUUAUGUAUGCGGCGAGUCUUUGUGCUUCAUAAUCAUAUUGCGCAACGAUAUUUAAAGUUUUAGUAAAUGUUUCAAAAAGGUUUUAAUGGCUAGGAUGGUUUUAGAAAUCUCCUUCUGUUACCAUAUCAGCGGAAAAUGGUUCAAAGACAAGGAAGAGGCAGAGGCAAGCAUAUUUGUUGAGUUCCAGUUCUAUAAGAUUCUUUUAUUGAUAAUUUUGAAAACAAUAACUUAAUCAAAAAAACUUCGAAGACAGAAAGCACUUUCUUGAUUGCUUAAAGUUCAUUUUAUUCUAUUUGAUGGUGAUAAUAACAUGAAUCGAAGGGAUAUUUCUUCAAACCAUUCUGUGGGGUAUUGUCGGGGUGGAAGCUUGCGUAUGGAGCACAGACACGGACACACAGACACGAUAUUUUUCAAAAAAGUAGGACA